CUUGUCUUCCUCCAUAUCUCAACACCACUUUUUCUAUCCUCCGCUUGUUCUCACAGAGUCAGAACGUUGCUCCUUUUUCUUUUUCUGGGAGGGUGGAGGGGUGAGGAGAGGCUUGGAAGUUGCACUUUUUUUUUCAGUGUUUUAUUCUUCAAAUAACUGCUCGUGGUCUCUUUAUGUCCAUGCAGAGAGCUGCAUCUGCGAAAGAGCGCCUUACAGCUGUGCUAAGGAGUCUUCUGCCUUUGUAUGAUGAUGGGGAAGAUCGGAGCUCCUCUAUUCAAUUAGCCAUGGAGGAAUUGCAGAAUGCAAGCCUUGGAGGUGAACAGAAAAACAAGUACCAGUCUGGUAUCUUUGCCCCAGUGUCUAAGAGUGCAUUAUAUUGGAAGAGGAAGUCCCAGGUCCUGGAGAUGGAGACAGAGGUGCUGGCUGCCAAAAUUGCUAAGCUUCAGAAUCAAUUGGACUCUGAGAAGACAAGGAAGCACAAGAAAUCGGUGAGCGACAGGAAGAGAGUGUCAGGAGCUGCUCAGACUGAACCCGAGUCCCCCAGAGAGAGUAUGGAACCGUGGGCAAACAGGAUCGACCUGUGGAAGAAAAGGAUUGAGAUCUUCAAGCGCCAGCUUCACAAGGAGGAGGCCCGCAGUACAUUGCUGCUCAAGCGAGCCAGCAAGAUGCAGCAAAGGGUGGCCUACCUCACAAAUGUUGCCUCACAGUUGCAGAGGGAAAAGGGCCAGGCAGUUGAAGCUCAUAGAGAGGCUGUUCAGAGAAACAAGGACAUGAAGAUCCAGCUGCAGGAGCAAAUGGAAAAGGCAAAAGCAGUGGAAGCAAAAUUGGUGCGCGAUGCAAAGUGGAAUGCUGUUGGAGGUGUGUGGGGGAUGGAGCUGGAGGCUGUCAUGAACAAAUUGUGUGAGAGGUACAGGAGGCUCUUUGAGAAAACUGACAUGCCACUAACUGGACAAACGGUAGUCGGAGAAAUUCUGGACAGAGUGGGUGACAUAUUGAAGAUUCAGAAGCGAGCUGGUCAAGAGGCUGCACUCUUGACCAAGGAGCUGCAAAAGCUUGAGGACAAUUAUGUCCAGGAGAAAGGGGAAGCCAUGUCAGGACAAGGACACUUUGCCGACGAGGAGUUUGAGAGAACACCAAGGGCCAUUGCGCUGAAGGGUAUCUGUGACCAUGCUGACAAAAUUGCACGCCUGCAGAGAAAAGCCUUUGCAGAGACAGGUAAUCUCCAAGGCCAGAUGCAGUCUCUCUUACAGCAAAUGAAGGAUGGGCCUAAGAACGAUGAAAAGAGUGGAGAGGAUGCCUAUAAUCUGUCUGAAGGUGGCCAAAGGGAUUCAACAGCCGCUGCAGAUUUAGAACACGCAUCAGCAUGGGGAGUGGCGGUCAGAGGAGAGAUGAACAUGAGUGAUCGACUUGUUGAACCCGGUUCUGGAAGAACCCGGAACCUAGGGGAGGAGGGGGUAGACUCAAGAAAUGCCAGUGAAUGGGUGGACGUGAUGAGAAACAUGAAUAGAUUGCAAGCAGAGACUGACGACUUGAGGCAAGAGAUGGAUAUGGUCAUGAAAGCGAGCGAGGAAGAAAGGUGGGUGGUUUCAGAGGAGAUCCAGCACCUGCAAGAACUUGUGAAGGAGCUCAUCGAUACCACCACUGAGAUAGCUGAACUGAAGAUAGAGAUUCAGGAUGCAACGGCGGUUGAUAUUGCCCAGCGACAAAUGGGCACAGCAGCAAGAGCACGAUCUGCAGACCCACAAACUGGCAUGGUGAUCGAUCCAGAAGUGGAAGGAUCAACAAUCUGGGACAUGGAGGGGCUUAGGAGAAAGCUUUAUGAAAUGGAAGGUAGCAUGAGGGAAGAAGAGGAAGAGGCUUUGCAGCUCAGACUUCUCCUCAAGGAGAGAGAGCUGGAAAUGACAGAAAUGGUUGAGGAAUUAUGGAAACGGGCAAGAGGAUACCAUCCCACUGAACUCUCUGAGAAUUUUGAGCACGUAUGGGAGCGUGAGAUGAGUAAUUUGGAGGCAAGAAAAAUCAGGACUUCUCCCUCGGAGAGGACAAUGGUCAUGAAUGGUGAUGUGGCUGAUUCAGAGACAGGAAAGCAGUUUUCCGCAGCACGCUCAGAGAAGAUAAAAAGUAUGGUUCAGCCAGAAGAUCGUAAGGAGUUGCUGGGAAGGAUUCAUGAAGACGAAAAUGAAGAUGAAGAUGAAGACAAUGCAGACUGGGAGCAGGAGAAGAAGGGAAAGAAACAGAAGAGAUCGCUGAGUGAAGCGUCUGCCAGGACUUCUGUUAGCACACAACAAGGUUCUGCAAGGAAACAAACACAGGGGAAAACUAUAGAGGUUCGGGAAGACCGGCCCCGAUCCCCGAGAAAUGCAUCUGUCAGGGAUGACAUCAGUGCAAAUCAAGCUACUGAGGUCCUGCGAAUCGAGGGGGAGAUUAUGGACAAUGAGAGCAGUGCGUCCAAAUAUUUGUCCAGAUACCUGGACGAACCAGAUGUAGGGACAGAGGCAGACGCCAGUGCAAGCCAAGGUUUGGAGACCCAGCAACCGCAAGAGAAGACCGCCGAGACCCAGGCAAACACGCCCAGGUCCCAGAAUGAAGCAUCUGGUGGGGCUGACGUCAUCGUAGGCCAAGGUUUGGAGAUCCAGCAACAACCAGAUGGGAAGACUCUCGAGGUCCAAAUGAACACCCGCAGGUCCGAGAAUGAAGCUUCUGCCGGGGCUGAUGUCAGUGCAUACGAAGGUCCCGAGAUCCAGGAUAAGACCAUCGAGAUCCAGACAAACACACCCCGGUCCCAGAAUGGAGCAUCUGCCGGUGCUGACAUCAGUGCAAACCAAGGUUCCGCUGUCCAGCAAAUGCAAGGGGAGAUAAUGGAAGGCCAGACAAACGAGCUCAGAUCCCUAAGUGGAGCACUUAUGGGGACAGAUGCAGACGUCCGUUCAGACCCAGGUCCCGAGAUCCAGGGAAUGCAAGGGGAGGUUAUCACCCAGCUCAUGCCAGAGGCCAAGACAAAUGAGCCCAGAUCAGUAAGUGAAGAAGGCGUGGGGAGAGAUGCAGGCGUCAGUGCAAACCAAGGUUCGGAGACCCACCAACUGGAGGGACAAACCGUUGAGGCCCAGACAAACACACCCAGAGGCAUCUCUGCAAGCCAAGGUUUUGACACCCAGAUCAUGCCAGAGGCGACUAUGGGGUCCCAAACAAACACACGCCGACCGCUGAAUGAAGCAGCUGUUGGCGUUGAUGUCGGUGCAACACAAGGUUCUGCGACAAAGCAAAUACAGGGGGAAGACAUUCAGGUCCAGGCAGAUAUGCCCGUAUCGCUGACUGACGAAAGUCAAAGACAAAACGUCAGGGCCAGGCAAGAUUCUGUGCAUGCAGGAGUUACGGAGGCCCUGAACAUAAAGAGUGAAAGCGACAAUAUAGUGAGCGCAGUGCGUAGACUAUGCGAGCUAAGGAGCAUGUCGGCCGCCAACCAAGCAGAAGCCAUCACUCAGUUACACGAAGAGCUGGGGAGACUGAAUGCUGUCAUGGAAGGAGUGGCAACGCUUGAAGACAGCAAUAACCGGGUCAAGGAGUUGAGAGAGAAGAUGGAGAAUAUGGCAGAAACAAUCCAAACAGCGUCAGAGGAAAUCAAGAGGAUUGUUAAAGAGAGAGAUGUUCUGGCGAAUGAGGUGGAAAAGAGAACCAGAAGAGCCACCUCACUGGGCAGUCAAAUAGGAAUUGUCAGGCUUAAGAUUGCUGAAAUUGUUACAGAUGCCAAGUGGGACAAGGACGGAAUGAGUGACAGCGACCGCCAGGAAAUGCAGAGGAAGGUCAAGGAGCUGCAAGAAACUCUGGAAUCAUCCAAAGCCAGCGAUGUCGAGUAUGACGAUGCCGAAAGAACUGAUGCUGUUGAUGUCAGUUCUGAUGUGGUGAAAGACAUAACCGAGUUCAUCCAUGGAAGACGGAGCAUUGAGGACUUAGAGAGAGCUGCGGCCUCGAAGGAGCCAUUGAUUGCAAUUAUAGGGGAGGGAAAGAGUGUGACCAAGCGUGAGAACAAGAUGGCGUUUGUGAUAAGUGUCUUGGGAAGGGAAAUAACCAAGCUGAGGGAGGAAAAUAAUGAGCUAGAAGGUCAGUGUGCCGUGCUUGAGCGACAGCUGGAAGAAUCAGGUUGGUGGAACAGCAAAGAGUUGCAAGAGGAGUUAGGCGGGCUGUGGGUUGAGAUGGAUGAGCUGAGAAUACCCCUGGAGGAGCAAGUGAAUUACCUGAAGAUUCUAUUAGAAUCACUGGCAAAGAAACUUCCCUCUGUUAGAGAACUUUACAGCGCGGUACAGGGCUCUCUGGCGGAUGGUGGUUCAGGAGGAGCUGACGACUCAGAUCAUGUUAUGAUGCUGGACAAUGCGCAUGGCACAGAGGCACAAGCAACCAUCACCGGAGGACUUCCAGUUGAUACGGAUCUUGCAGCAAUGCCAGAAGAUGAAAGACGUGGCAGUAAAAUCCCAAGACAAAGCAGAUUGAGUAGGCUGAGCAGAAUGUUGAGUGUCAUAGAUGACAGCAACCGCCGCCGAAGCACAUCCAUUGCCAGUGCUCAACAAGCUCCUCGCCUUAGCCGUGUAAGUGCUGAUUGGAGGGAAGGCUUGUCUGGACAACAGUCCACGAGAGGUAGCUUCCAGCUGAGGAGGGAAACCUUACAAGGUGAGGAUAUACCGCCUCCCAGGAGAGCUGCAAGUGCCAGCAGUUCGUUCUUCAAUGGAAAUCGCCGAAGCACAUUCAUGGACAGUGCUCAAUCAGCUUCGCGCCUCAGUCGUGUAAGUGAUGAUCAGAGUGCAAACUCGCCUGGACAACAAACCGCAAGAGGCAGCUUCCAGACAAGGAGAGAAACCUUACAAAGUGAGGACAUGCCACCUCCCAGGAGACCUGCAAGUGCCACCAGUUCUUUCUUCGCUGGAAAUCGCCAAAGCACAUCCAUUGACAGCGCUCAACCAGGGCCUCGCCUAAGCCGUGUAAGUGACGAUCGGAGUGUAGGCUUGCCUGGAGAACAGACUACGAGAGGUAGCUUCCAGACAAGGAGAGAAACCUUGGAAAGUGAGGAUAUCCCUCCUCCUGGGAGACCUGUGAGCGCCAGCAGUUCUUUCUUCAAUGGAAAUCCUGGAAGCACAUCCAUUGACAGUGCUCAACCAGCUCCUCGCCUAAGCCGUGUAAGUGACGAUCGGAGUGCAGGCUCAUCUGAAGAACAGACUACGAGAGGUAGCUUCCAGGCCAGGAGAGAAACCUUGGAAAGUGAGGAUAUCCCUCCUCCCAAGAGACCUGCUAGCGCCAGCAGUUCUUUCUUCAAUGGAUAUCGUCAAAGCACAUCCACUGACAUCGCUCAACCAGCUCCUCGCCUUAGCCAUGCAAGUGAUGAUUGGAGUGCAGGCCCGUCUGGACAACAGACAAUGGGAGGUAGCUUCCAGACAAUGAGGGACAGCUUACAAAGUGAGGAUAUGCCGCCUCCCAGAAGACCUGCAAAUGCCAGCAGUUCUUUCUUCAGUGGAAACCGCCAAAGCACAUCCUUUGAGAGUGCUCAACCAGCUUCUCGCCUUAGCUGGGUAAAUGAUGGUCGGAGUGCAGACUCGUCUGGACAACAGACCACAAGAGGUAGCUUCCAGACAAGGAGAGAAACCAUACGAGGAUCACCUGGACAACAGUCUGCGAGAGGUAGCUUCCAGACAAGGAGAGAAACCUUGGAAAGUGAGAAUAUGCCGCUCCGCAGGAGAGCUGCAAGCACCAGCAGUGCUUUCUUUGAUGGAAAUCACCGCAGGAGCCGUGCAAGAUCCUCUGCAAGUAUGCAACACACCAGAAUGAGGAGAGCAAGAUCAGAUGUAGAAAUGGACAACAUGACUGGUGAUGCCUUUGCACGUAAAGGUUCUGAAUUUCGCCAGCCGUUGUCCAGAGCAAGGUCACUAUCUCAAAUACGAUUUCAACCGUCGAGUCCUGAAGAAAUGCGUGUUGCUCUGUCGAGAGUGCCAUCCUUUGUCUUUGUAUCACCCAUGCACACCAUGUCCCCAAUCCGCAAGCAUUCCAGCAGUUCGUUCUCCAGUCGUGGGCGAAGAUCAAGAAUCGGCAGACCAUUGGGAAUAGGAAGAAGAGCAACAACAGGAACAGUAAAUGGCAUGAGGCUCAGAGUGCCGGUAAGAAGCCGAGCGUUGAGCAUGCCAAGCAGAAUCUUCAUGCAAAAUAAUCGUGGCAGUGAGGUUUUAUGGGGCCCAUCAGCCUCCUCAUCCUCUGACAACAGAAUACCCGAUCUUCCUCCCCAUUUAAUUGGGCAGCUGGAAGAUCCGUCCCGCGCUUCUUCAAUCUUCACGGGCAGAACACAACCCGGGUGGGGCCAACAGGACAGUCAAGAGGGCAGUUUCUACGAUCAGAUGAGGUCAGCAUCUGACAAUAGUGGUCGACUUUCAACAAUCACCGAUGCUGCAAAGGAAAUGCUGACGCCAAGUCAAGUCAGUGGCCUUCCGUUCUGGUAUGAGACAGAUGAGAAUGAUGGAACCGGAAACCGAGUUCAAGGAGGAGAACACAUGUCCCUGAAUACAUGGCGCUCUCUCGGUCAAAGAGCAAUGAAGGGAAUUGGAAACCUGAGAAGAGUGAAGUCUCUAAGCCCUUUUGAGGAGGCUUCACAGACGAACUCGGAACAUCUGCUGGGCACUGCGAGCAGUCCUCGUCAUCGAAGAACGUGGACAGGGCGAUUGUCAAUCACCCCACAGAGGAUGCAGAGUCUCAUGCUGGGGCGAAACAAUAGCACAACCUUGACCAGAGGGUCAAGUUCUAGAGCAGCAGCCACCUCACAAGGUCACACCGCUAGGUCCAGCAUUGAUUAUCCUCCCAACCCAGCAGAUAACAGUAUGAUGGGUCCAGCUUCCACGAGGAUGGGUGGGCUUACGAGAAACUGGCAGUCGUUGAGCAACAGGGCAAGCAGGGCAUUCAGCACAAUUACCAAGCCAUCUUUUGCAUCAUCAGCUGGCGACAAGCGCAAGUCACUGUACGAUGAGCCACAGCAACAGAAUGCCGAAGGCAAAUCUUUGUCAGUUGAGCGCGAACGAGGGGUCUCCUGGGACCAAGGUGUGGACUCACAGUCCAGCACUUCAGAAUCCUCAGAUCGGAGGGAGCCUCCUACAUAUCAGCCCGGAAAACAAUCAAUCGGGAGCAACGCAGAGACUGGUACAGGCUUUGAUGGGUCUGUACUGCGCUCAGGAGAGCAAAGUGUCAGUCGUGGUAGCAGUGCAUCCAUUGCUUCCCCUAAUAGUUCUCGGAAGAUCACUGUGGUCAACGACUCUCCACUAAACCUAGCUGUCGGAAUUGAGAAAGCGGAAGUUGAAAAGGAUUCAAGUGCAAGUGCACUCACAAACGCCCAGCAGAAGCAAUCGCAGAGCACAGAGAAUCUGUCGGACAAAACAUCGAGUGAAACCGAGGGCUCUCGUUCAGGGCCGCUCAUGGGGGACCUUUCUCAGGCAGAGCAGCAUGAUCGUCAAAAGCGUGAGAGUUCAACCACGUCGGACACAACCGCUCCAGCAGCCGAACGCCUUCCUGAGAUGUCAGAAGGAAAUCAGCCAUUGCCUGAGUCGACCGCUGAUCAGAACCUAGCUGAUCAAGAGUUAGAAAACACUGAUUCCGCCACAAAGAGUGUGGCUAUGGGUCAACACCUCGCUGAUAGUGAGGUAGCAACCAUCGCCUCUGGCACUGAGAGUGCGCAUGCUGAAGCUCUGCUGCCUACGCAAUCCGGUGACAGCCACUUGAGCACGAAUUUCAGGCUCACCAAGAAUGAAACAGCGACAGCAGACUCUGAAGAGUCUAAGCAACCAAGUUCCGAGACCAGGGACUCCUUAGCCACCAACGGCCCAACACAAGAGGUACUCAAACAUCCUGCAGGUGAUUUGCAACCCAACUCUCAAAAGGCAAGUUAUGUGACCUUGGAAGCAAUAACAACAUCCGAUGGUACAAGUCAUGGUGCUCCAAGUGAAAUCACGGAUGGGAAAGAAAACCAGAACCAAAGCCAAAAUGAAGGUGAUAAUGUUCAAGAAUCGUCAACUGUAGAAGUGACAUCGGAUCAAGGAAGCACUGUGCCAAUUGAGGAAUCGACAACAAGUGGUGGUGUUCUCUCCCCAGAGUCAGGGUCGGCUGCAGAGACCGGAGCACAGGUCCUCUCCCAUGAAAGCAAUUCAGAAGAACUGUCAAUCAGCCCUACGGAAAACGCUCAAUUGGAACAGGGGAAAGCACCACAUCGUCGUGUGCGAUGGUCAAUCACACAAGAGGUUGCACCCAUCGUUCGACCACCUCCCACCUCUUUCGCAUCCAAGGUGAAGCAAACUUUUGGUAGUCUUUUCGGUAGAGGCUCGCGGGGUUCUACCUCCAAACCUUCAUCGACUGAUCCUCACCAGCACCAAUCUGUUCCCAACUCUCCAGAAAAGGCAAAAACUGGGGGAAUCCCAAGACAAAGCGCCAUCAGGAGAUCGGGUGUGGACAACUCCAGGCAAGGAGAGCAAUCAUCAAAAGUUGAUCACCAAGGUGUAAAGGUCUCAAGCGAUGGUCUUGUCACUUCGACUACAGCGGAAGUUUCUGAAAAAGAACCCAUCCUUCACAAGGAGGCCACAGAUGGAAGGAGUCAAAAGGAAGGGCAGCGCAUUUCACAUCUAGGCUCCAUUUCAUCAGUCCCUCAGGAAACUGAUGAAAACAUGAACAAGAGCUCAGUUGUAAACCAAUCAAGUGAUCCUGCGGAUGGGAAGAAAUCGUCCUCGGCUAGUUGGAACGCCUUCUCUCGGAUCAGGGGAGACUCUCGUGCUUCUGACAAGAGAGCAUCCUCCACCAGCAACUAUACUUCACCGGAGUCUGAUUCUUCUUCUGGCAGUACAGGAACUUCAACUGAAACAUCCUCCAGCUCAAACCAAGCUGCGGGGAGGAAAGAGCAUUCCAGCAUCGAGCCCCAUUCCUCCCAGCUCUCAGCAUCAGACGACGAUUCCCUCUCCAGAAAGAGAAGAAAGACAUCAUCUUAGCCUUAGAGAGUUUGCACACACGGACUGGCUACGCUCUUGUAAGAAAGAAGCGGGACAGUCACACUUCACACUUUCCUAUCAUAAUAUAGUAAUAUACCUUUCACGAAAACUUUCAGUUAGUAUACCCAAACCGACCCCCCAGGAGUAGAGUCAAGGAGGAUCUAAAAGGUCCAGAGCAAGUCGAGGCAGAGUCUCUGACAGACAAAGGUAUACCAGCGAGUCAGAGUUCUAACCCCACUGGCAUGGGGUGGCAAUAUAGAACCACGGCGAAAGAGGCAUAGGACAACGGGAGGUAUCGCACAAACAGCAUGCCAAAUUAGGAAAUAAACUGCCUUUGGGUGC